GAUUCGAUCACUCGUGAUUCAGCAGUCGACUGGUGUGAACGUUCGAACGCGGCUCUCUCGCUCUCUCGUCUCGUGCCAUCAUCCGUUGGUAUCCGUUGGACCGUAUUUGCGGUGAUCGUUAGGUGCGCUUUGGUAAGGCUCCAAGACCUCCGGAAAGCAAAAGUGACUGUCUGUGAUUGUAGAAACAAUAGUAGCAACGGCGGCCUAGGUAGUAGUUGCUGUUGUUGCUGGAUUUUCGUAAGUGAUAGAGAUCUAGUCACGGUGCAACGAAUAAAAGUGUUUUUGGUGGAGGUGACUUAAAGGGUCCGAAAAAGUGAAGAAAAGGCAGCGAUAGCAAACGAUUGGUUAGUCAAGUCUCGCAGAGUGUUAGAGAGUGCAGUGCAACCUGAAUACCAAAACAAUUGUCCCAGGCUGUCCGUUCCAGAGGAGUAACCAAGAGGUUUUUGAACAUCUUUUAUCCAAUUCGAAAAACGUCCAAACACGCAGCAGCGGCGCAGUCACGUAACGAAGUCGAAGAAAGGCGCGAUCACUGCUUCCAGAUUUAUAUUCAAGAUGAUUUUAACGAAAACAUCAUGUCUCGCGGUGGCGUUAUGCCUAGCAGCGCUAUCGACUUCCGUACUGUCGCAAGAUGAUCAACCAAAGAACAACAAUAGGAAUAACCUGCUUCUGCGGAGGGGUAAUAUUGGUCGACAGAACCCACUUUCGAAGACGACCACGACGACGCCACCGCCCGAGUAUGCUGAGGACGAAUACGUCGACGAAGAGGGUGAACGCGUUGAGGGAGAGGAAGGAGACGACCAAUCACCAGUAGUCCGGCCCAUCGUUACGACAACUACGACCACAACCGAGUCGCCGAAAAAGAUCCGACCCAGCAUUCGUCCGUUCCGCAGUAAUGACGAUCUCCUGACGGCUCUGAAGAAACGUCGCCAAGAGUCGAAGAAUCACAAAGCAGCUCCACCGAAAGAGAAGGUGUACGACGACGAAGAAAUACCGGCCUCCGCCCCUGCCAAGUCUGCCAAGGCGCCAGCAAUCGGUAAAAUUGCAGAUAAUGUUGUUUUUGCUUUAACGAAACUACCGAAAGGGCGCCGCUUCGGACCAGUCCGGAAAGAAACCGAACAAAACGCAGCACCGUCGGAGCAGAGCGAAGAAACGAACAGUGAUAAUGGCGGAGCAAAAUCGCUAACCAGCCGCCUUGGACGAUCCCGGUUUGCGCUGAAACCUUAGACGGAUCCAACCCGGGUAUAGUUAGGAUUCCUAGGUGCAGUGAGAUUUUUCCAUCUUCUGAAAAUUUUUCCUCAGUUGUCCGUCGCCAAACAGGCUCGUGGCGGAAGGAGACAAAACUGUGGAAUAGCCUCUCUCUUUCUUUAUUUUCCUAUUAUGAUUCUAUGAAGUGCAUUUCGUUGUUUCUUCCUUUUUGGUUCAAUAAUACUGAUCAAAGGUGAAACCAGUUAGGAAAAAUUAUUCUAAUUUUAUGACAAUAUGAUGUAUUGAACAAAUCAAGAACAUUCAAGAUAUAAGAAACAAAUUUGUAGCCUUGGUACUAUUUAAAGCAACUACUUGAAAGUUGUCCAAUCAUAUUUUUGUCUGAGCAUCCGGAAAGAAUGUAAUUUUAAACAAUAAACAAAAAUAUUCGUAUACUAA